AGGAUCGAUAUCAAGGGUCCAACGUCAAUCUGCAGGGUCCUGCGGGCUAACGAUGCACUUGACUGUUUACGGCAUGGGUCGCGCAUAGCGGUGGUCCGGCUUCUAUCUUGGGCCACAAACCAUGCUGAUCAAUCAGGACCCUUGAGUUGGGACCCGACCGAUGUCCCCGCAGUGCCCGCAGUGCCCGCAGUUCCCACAGCGCUCAUGACUGGCUGGUGAUUCGCUGCAGGCUGUAUGACGUCUCGCAAUGACGUAACAAUUGGAAAGUGUAGGGUUUUUGAGCGUAGUCCGCCCACUACUACAGCAUCACCACCUACAUCAUACUCCAUUUCGCUUAUCAUCGGUUUGGCUCCUGUGGGACAUGCAUCACUUCGCAUCGAUUCAAGCUAUUUGGGUAGCUCGCAGGUAAAUCUAAAGCGUCACUAUCUACACGGGAGCGAAAGCCUAAACAUGCUCAAAGAUGAAAAUUUGCAGGUUCCUUGUCAUAUUUUCUUUUCCUUUUUUUUUAUAACGGGGUUACGGGGCUACGGGUCUGGGUACCUUAUAGACUUGGGAGGGAAAGAAAAUUGCCGGAAUCGGAUCAGCGAUGAUUUUUAUUUCUUCUCUAUUCAGCCCUACACUUAUUUCUUAAUGGUCUUUGUUUUCUUCGUGUGUAUAAUUUUCGUCUUCUGCCGCUAAUGGGGCAGUUACCUAUUCAUCUUACACCCAUUGCAUUUACUGGGUGCUGUACGAUUCUGGUUGGGAAGUAAAAAGCAUCUGAAAGAGAAUUUAAAUGGGUUUCACUAUAACUUGUUGAAUUGGGGAAAAGAAGAGAAGCAUGACGAGACGAAUAUUGUUAAUUACGACUGUAUGAACAGCGGAUGUAU